UUGUAGCCCUGUUCUUUCCCCCGUGUCUUCUCGUCAUGUUAGAUAUCGGUUUUACCUUCUCAGGCACUUCGUCCUGAAGUCUCCAAGUGCUGACACAUCCUUCCGUAGAGGGUCUUGCUCUUGGUUUGAGGUGGGUGCAGAUCCCCUUUUGUAACCAACCCUUUCUUGUCCCUCUAGCAAAUCUCACAUUUUCCCUGUUUUCCCACAGUCACUAGACGCCUCCAGAGGCAAGUAACUCCGGUGCACUUGUGUGAGGUUUUCCCGUUAGCCAUACUCCUGAAUUCAGUUUUAAACCAAAUGUUUGUAAAUGGAAAAUUUUCUUCAUUCCUACUUAUACUUUGAGGACUUCAUCCCUUUUUUUUUUUCUAGAAGUUUCCUUUGCUCCCACCUCCCUCCCCCCCAAGUCCAGCCAUCCUCAAGGAAAUCUGUUCUGGGGCACUCGCUUCACUUCGCUUCUGUAAUAGUCGCUUGACGGCAGACUCGGCUUAUCACUGGGUCUGCAGGCGUUAGUAGAGGAGGUAUUGCGGGGAUUGAGUAGAAGGGACAGGCACCACGGCAUGCUUUCCCGCAGCCUGCUCUGCGCCUUUAGGGUCGGUCUGCUCCUUCUGCCCAAGAGGAGGGACGACUUGGGGGAAGAUACAUAGCAUUCAGCCUGGAGGCUGAAGCGCGCUGACAUUCAUUUCAGUGUUGAUGAAGCCAUAGUGAACCUCCAAGAAAUCUACUCUCCUAGGAGAUCCCCAAGUUUCAUGUCUAAGCCAGUUGUGUCCCAAUUCACUUAAACUCCCUUCCCCUAACAUUCCCCUCCCUUCAGUUGGGUCCCGCCUUCUUAUACAGCCUAAUGGUCCUUAAACCAACCUGUGACCCCUUCCUUCCCACGCUUCCCACACUUGGGGCCAAUUCCUCUCCGUCCCCUCCCCCUGCAGUCCCCGCCUUUCCGGGAGCCUCGUGCCCGGGCUCUUUGCCCUAGGCAUCCAGGAGCUGAGGGGGGCGGGGCUGGGUCCUCUCCCUCCUACCCUGCUCUGGCGGGAUAUAAAAGUCUAGGGAGCACGCGUCGUGUCCACCGCAGGGUCCGGAGGCGCAAUGGUCACUCGGGAUCGAGCUGAGAAUAGGGACGGCCCCAAGAUGCUGAAGCCGUUGGUGGAGAAGCGGCGCCGGGACCGCAUCAACCGCAGCCUGGAAGAGCUGCGACUGCUACUGUUGGAGAGGACCAGGGACCAGAACCUCCGGAACCCGAAGCUGGAGAAAGCAGAGAUACUGGAGUUCGCCGUGGGCUACUUGAGGGAGCGAAGCCGGGUGGAGCCCCCGGGGGCUCCCCGGUCCCCAGGCCAGGACGCCGAGGCGCUCGCCAGCUGCUACUUGUCCGGUUUCCGCGAGUGCCUGCUUCGCUUGGCGGCCUUCGCGCACGACGCCAGCCCCGCCGCCCGCUCCCAGCUUUUCUCCGCUCUGCACGGCUACCGGCGCCCCAAACCGCCCCGGCCAGAGGCUGUAGAUCCAGGGAUCCCAGCACCGCGCCCACCGCUGGACCCCGCUUCACCCAUCCUUGGCCCCGCGCUGCACCCGCGCCCCCAAGUGCACCAGGCCCCCCCUAGUCCCCGCUGCGCUUGGUCCCCAUCCCACUGCUCCCCUCGCGCCGGGGAUUCCGGCGCGCCGGCGCCCCUCACCGGACUGCUGCCACCGCCGCCGCCGCCUUACAGACAAGACGGGGCGCCCAAGGCCCCGCCACUCCCACCGCCCGCGUUUUGGAGACCUUGGCCCUGAGCUUUGCGGGGCUGUGGCGGGGAUUGGGGGUGGGGUAGAGACUCCAGCCAGAGUGCAGGAGAGGGAUCCGGGCGUCGGGGCGAGGAGGGCAGCGGGGCGCGCGGGCUCAGCGCGCGGGUGAGAUGUGGUUUAUAUUAGAGUAUCUAUAUAAAUAUAUAUUUUCCUAUUCCUUUUCCCUGCUCCACUACCCUGUGUGUAGGAUUGUACCCUCUCUACCCCAGUCCAGUUCCAGUCCCUUCCCUAGUCCCUAGUGCAUGGAAUAAAAUGGUUAUCAAAUCCCGGUGUGUCCCCUAGCCAGGGGCCUGCCUCUAUAUCGGUGCCACGCCCAUUUGCACAUUCCCUUCUCCCACAUUUAGGCCUGCUCUCCACGGCCCAAGCCAUGGGGCAGACAGGUAAGUAACAAACCGAGAGACAGACUGAGGUUGAAACUGGACUCGAAAAUAAAUUGGGUUAAGUGAAAGCCAAGAAAAGUUUAAUAAAACCGACUCUGGUGGGAUUCGAACCCACAACCUUUGAAUGGCUUUUUCGUCACUAGAAGUCCAAUGCGCUAUCCAUUGCGCCACAGAGCCACAUGGCGGGCGGCGCCUUCUUCCAGCUUACGGAGACUAGCAUAGAAAAAAAAGGUAGCGCGGGAAGGGCAGAGAGUGCGGAGCUGUGUCAUCGGAGACGGAGGCGAAGAUCUGAGAGGCUAGCGGAAUGAGGCGAGAUGCAGUGCACGCGUGAGCUAGGUGGGAAUGAGGGUGGACGCGGGUGAGGGGAGCAGGGAGGGACAGUCACGGAGUUUGAACCAGCCAGCAGUGCAAAGCUCGGGCGGCUCCUUGGGCUGCCAAGCUCACACUCGCUCGGUUCCCAGAUUUGAUCCCACUAAAUAAAUUUGUUUUGUUGUAAA